AUGUCCUCAUCACGAUCAAGUGGAAGUGGCCAGAGAGGUUCUCGCGGUAGCAAGGGAAGACAAGUGCGUGACGGUUUUUACUUCUCAUCCCACCAGCAGCUCAUCGAGUCGCUACGCACUCACCGAGUUAACACACUUACUGAACUCUGCCGCAUUGAACGAGUUGCUGCUAGCUGCGAAAAUGAGGAAGACGCGCAAGCCUUCCAGGCCCCGAUGACUUCCGCAUGGGAUUACUAUGUAAACAGCAACCAGUUCCUGACGGAGCUGAGAGGCUUGACGCGCAACUAUCCCAUCUCAGGAGACCUAGUUGACCAGGCGCAUCACCUCGUCCGAAACGACCCGAAUUCAAACCGUAGCUGGAACCUGGCAUGGCUGUGCCUGGUGAAGAUCCGCGACGAGGGCUUAAUCCCAGCGUAUGCGCAAGCGGAUGCCUGGCGCAGAGAGAUGUGGGGAGGCCGCGAUCCCACGCAGGAUGAAGCAGACCAGCUCGCGCAGUGCUUCGAGUACGAAUGGACCCAGGCGGUUGAGAAUAUGUUGCGGCACUGGCAUGCCGCGCCGACAUGGUACUAA